CACGACGCCUUUCCGAUCUUGCUUUUCCUUCUCUUCCCCAAAAGCGCGCCUCCGUGGCACGAAGCGAUCCUGCCUUUUUUUUCCUUCCAAAAAUUCGCAGGGGAGAAAAAUACGUACGAAAACCCGCGUCGUCGUCUUCCCGUCGAUCCGAUCCGAUCAGAUUCCCCCCGAUCGCGCGCAGCAGCGCCCAUGGCCGAGGGCGACGCCGUCUCGGCCUCCACCGCGUCGCCGCCGGAGACGCCGUCGACGCAGAAGAGGAGGCAGCGGGGGCUCGUGUCGCGGGUGUGGAAGGGCAUAUUCGGCGGCCGCGAGGACGUCGAGAAGCUGCUCCAGGCGCUCUCCAAGGAGGAGGAGGCCGUCCGCUCCCGCCUCCACCGCCGCGCCCGCGCCUCCCGCCAGUCCGCGCACAAUGUCCUCGCCAUCGCCGCCGCGCUCGAGAUUGCUGCAGUUGGGUAUGCGAUUAUGACUACCAGAUCACCGGACCUCAGCUGGCAGAUGAGAGCAACCCGGGUGCUGCCCAUGUUCCUGAUUCCUGCUAUAGCUGCUUUUAUCUACUCGACUAUUGCAAGUGUCUCCAAAAUGCUUGACAACAGAGAUCAACAUACUCUUGAAAACCUGCGUGCUGAAAGACAGGCUAAGAUUGAUGAGUUGAAGGAGAGAACGAAUUACUACACUACUCAGCAACUUAUUCAGAGAUAUGAUCUUGAUCCUGCUGCAAAAGCAGCUGCAGCAACUGUUUUGGCAUCUAAACUGGGUGCUGAUUCUGGAUUGAGAGUCUUUUUGGGAGAGGAGUCAAAUAGGGAUGCAUCAUUGAGUAAAAGUAAUGAUGCCCAUAUUGGACAAACUACUGGACUGAGGCAAAGAAAACCAUCACACUUAGGCAACGGUGCUGGAAGGACCUACGCUACUGAGUCAUUAGGUGGCUCGUAUGCUUAUGAUGGUAGUGAAGAAGGUCUCACUACUCCAAAUCAGAGGACUGUUGAGCACUUCAGAGGGCCAGCUGGUAACGAUGGGGGAUGGCUCGCACGAGCAGCUGCUCUGCUUGUAGGGGAAGAUCCAACUCAGUGCUAUGCGCUAAUAUGUGGCAAUUGCCAUAUGCAUAAUGGUCUUGCCAGGAAAGAGGACUUUGCAUUCAUUACAUAUUACUGCCCUCACUGUAAUGCCCUCAAUGGAUCACGGCAGCAUGAUGAGCAUGAAAUGGUAUCCAAUUCCGGUAAGGAGACUCCUAUUUCUCAUUACGAUGGCAGCAUUGGCCAAGCUGGUGCAAGCCUUGCAAACUCAGGUGCCGGCAGUCCUAUUGCGAAAAACUUACCCACAGUUGAAGAACUACCUGCGGAAAGUCCUGUUGACACUCACUUACCAUCUGCGGAAGAACUACCUGCAGAAAGUCCUGUGGAUAACCGCUUACCAGCAGUUGAAGAAUUACCUGCAGAGAGCCCUGUUUCCAGUAACCCACCUGCUAGUGAACUACCUGCAGAAGGUACUGUGAAGGCAAGUAUUGAUCAUCCUGCCAGUUGAUCUUUUCUUUUUUGUAAAGUACUAUAUUGUGAGUUAUUGCAUUUGUACUUGUUCACGGAGUUGUUUU